UGUUUCAGCUAAAUAAGGCAAGGGCGGAACAAGUAUUUCGCCGGAAAGUGUAUGGGGAGGAUGAUCGAGAUAGGUAGGAAGGAGGAGGCAUCGUACCGAUUUACAUUGUGCAAUUUUUUGAACCAUUGUUAAAAACUAGAAAACGAAAUAAACAUGUCCUAUGAAACAAAAUACAUAUUUGCAACAUUACCCAGAACACAAAGAGGUCAGCCUCUUGUAUUAGGAGGUGAUCCUAACGGGAAAAAUUUUUUAUAUACUAAUGGCAAUAGUGUAAUUAUUAGAAAUAUCGAUAAUCCAGCUAUUGCAGAUAUUUAUACAGAGCAUUCUUGUCCAGUCAAUGUUGCUAAAUAUUCUCCAAGUGGAUUUUACAUAGCCUCUGGUGAUCAGUCAGGUAAAGUACGCAUUUGGGAUACUGUUAACAAGGAACAUAUUUUGAAGAAUGAAUUUCAUCCUAUUGGAGGACCAAUUAAAGACAUAGCAUGGUCACCUGACAACCAACGCAUGGUAGUUGUCGGAGAAGGGAGGGAGAGAUUUGGUCACGUAUUUAUGGCGGAAACCGGUACGUCUGUAGGUGAAAUAUCUGGGCAGAGUAAACCCAUUAAUUCCUGUGACUUCAGACCUGCUAGACCAUUUAGAUUAAUCACUGGAAGCGAGGACAAUACCAUUGCUAUUUUCGAAGGGCCGCCAUUUAAAUUUAAAAUGACGAAGCAGGAACAUGCUCGAUUUGUUCAAGCUGUGCGUUACUCACCUAGCGGCAAUUUGUUCGCAUCUGCAGGAUUCGAUGGAAAAGUGUUCAUUUAUGACGGUACAAGCUCCGAUUUAGUUGGCGAAGUAGGAUCACCUGCUCAUCAAGGCGGAGUGUAUGGAGUAGCUUGGAAGCCGGAUGGAACGCAGUUAUUAACUGCUUCCGGCGACAAGACAUGUAAACUUUGGGAUGUAGAAACUCGCUCUUUGAUUAGCGAAUUUAACAUGGGAUCAACUAUCGAUGAUCAACAAGUCAGCUGUUUAUGGCAAGGAAAUCAUUUACUGUCUGUAUCUCUAAGCGGUUUCAUUAAUUAUCUUGAUGUUGACAAUCCUGCGAAACCAAUUAGGAUAAUAAAAGGUCAUAAUAAACCAAUAACAGUAUUAACUCUAAGUUCCGAUAGAAAUACAAUUUAUACUGGAUCUCAUGACGGCUAUAUUACUAGCUGGAAUGCGAACACUGGAGAAAAUGAUCGUGUCCUAGGUCAAGGACAUGGAAAUCAAAUUAACGGAAUGAAGACUGCAAAGAACAUACUUUAUACUGUUGGUAUCGAUGACACUUUGAGAUCGGUUGAUGUUGAUACAAAUACAUAUACAGACACGUGUGUAGUUAAACUAGACUCUCAACCACGGGGUAUAGAUAUUUACAAUGAUAUAGUUGUAAUUGUAACCGUUCGACAGAUAACUGUUACGCAAGAUGGUCGAAAAGUAUCAAGUGUACCUAUCGAUUAUGAACCAUCUUGUGUAUCAAUUAAUCAAGAAAAUGGUGAUGUAGCUGUGGGUGCUACAUCAAAUAACACUAUUCAUAUUUAUACGCUCUCAGGUACCGAUCUGUCACCAAAAACUGAAUUAGAACAUCUAGGUUCGGUAACCGAUGUUGCUUACAGUCCUGAUAGCAAAUACUUGGUAGCUUGUGACACAAAUAGAAAAGUGGUUCUUUAUACUGUUUCGGAAUACAAGAGGCUUGCGCACAAUAGGGAAUGGGGUUUUCACAACGCCCGAGUAAAUUCUGUAGCCUGGUCUCCUGAUUCAAUUAUGGUUGCAAGCGGGAGUCUUGAUACAACAAUCAUUAUUUGGAGUGUAACAAAUCCAGCUAAACAUACUAUCAUUAAAAAUGCUCAUCCUCAGAGCCAGAUAACACGUUUAGUUUGGCUUGACGAGGAAACGUUGAUCUCAGUUGGACAAGAUUGCAAUACCAAGAUAUGGCGCAUAGAAAAGAUUUAAUUAACGUUUUAAAAAAAAAAAGAAA